UCAUUAUAAACCGACUUAUUUGCUAAUAUCGUUUUUUUUAUCCGAAUAGCGGGUUAUUCAGCCCAUAUUUGGUAAACUAUUGCACAAGAUCUUAUAAGCGCAGUUUGAUCGACAGCUCCAUUAUGUUGUUACGUGAAAAGGUGUCUAGUUUGAAACAUUUAUCGGGCUAUUUGAAGCAAUUAAUUAUUUAGACGGGUCAAAAGUGAUCAGUAUUAGCCGGAGGGUUUUGCCGCGUAGGUUACUUGCCACACAUUUCGAUGUCACACGAACACUUUUGCCGAGGACCUUAACGCCUCUGGCGUAAAUGUGCCACAAGUGAAACAAAUUAUCUGAGUGAAAUUUUUAACGUCUUCAAAUUUGUUAGUCUAUUGACAAUCGUUUAGUUGUUUGUUUGCGUAAAACAAACUAGUUUAUGAUGAUGGACACAUUAACAAGCACUUAAAAAUAAUUCAAAUUUAAUUUGCUUGACUGUCGGAUUGGACACUUCGAAGGGUCGACACUAAACAUUACGUCGUAUGAACCUCAGUUGGAUUUGUGUAUUCUACAAACGAGGUCUCCUGUGUUGAUUAAAAUAAACACUGAAUACGAAAGUGCAUCAAUAAAAAAGUGGAAAUAGCUGAAUGAUCAUAAACGUCGACAACAAUAUCAGCAACAACAUAAAAGUCAAGAUUUGUGUUGGAACAUCUACAUAAUACAACUAUUAAGAACGUUCACUGCUUAAUAGCGCUUCUCUUUGGAAGUAUUGUGCUAAUUUUAUGACUAAGAAUACUACAGGGCUUCUGUACGAACUGCCAACUUACAUCAGCCUCUACAAGAGUGUACCCGUUUUUUUCACUCCAAGUCCCUGUCGGAGCUUCUUGGAUAUGUUAGUGCAUUUACUCCCGGAAGUUGCGUUUAAACAUGCAAAAAUUACGCCCCACGUGCGAAUGAUCCGUACUGGUUUUACGGCGCGCGUGUUUUAAGACAGUUGGGUUAUUUUUUGUAAACAAGUGCGUAUAAUCGACUACCCCUAUGCUUUCCGCAAUUUGAAUUGUUCUUGUACUCAAACGUGUUUGGUUCGUGAUUUCGUAUCAUUAGUGGAGAAUCAUUGAGUCAUGGUUUAAAUUCGAUACGCGUUGAGGAACAGUUUAAUUUAAAUUAAUCGGGCAUAGAUUUGGAUAAGGACAAUAACGUUUUCACCUGGUUAAGAAUACCUGAGUGUGAUGGCUCAACUCGUUGCGUAAAUAAAUAACACAACGAUGUUAUUUUGGUUUCACAAGUUCAGUUUUGAAAUCGGAUGCAUUUCACCGAAUGAAUUUCUGUAAAUAUCUAAACAGAUUAGCACGUGCAUGGUAGGCGUUCAUUUAAUUAGACGUUGCGAUAGUGUAUCAGAAAUAGGAAUACUCGCAAGGGAUUUCGUGUAAAAUCAGAAGAACCGGUGUAAAAAUUAGUGGGCCACGUGUCUACGUUUACACAAGUAUUAUUAAGGUGAGGAAUUUAUUUAACCCGUCUUAUUUAUCAACCUACACACUUAUUUUAUUCGUAUGUGAAAUAGUAUUGUAACAAGUGUGCGGCUGGAUCAGUGCCGCUGAUGUCAACGUUCUUUUGAAUGUGGAAAUUAAUUACCAAAAUGUAAUUUAGAAAUACGUAUAUCGAUGUGUGGUUGAGAAAACGUAUAUAAGCCACGGAAGACAUACAACUUGACCACUACUAGGAAAAAAUGAAUGCAUUUGGCUUGUAUACUGUGGAUUUUUUUAAGUGACUAAACAAUUACUAUACUUAAAUUUUACUGUAAGUAAAGGGACCUUUUUAAAACAAAAUGGCUAUAAAUAAAUUGAAUAGAAUGAGCCAAAAAUGUUCAAUUUACAGACACAAUGUUAUGUGGAAUGCUAUGAAUGUGUUGCGGACUUGUGGAGUUAUUUUGGUUGUUCUCAACGUAUCAUGGGCGGCUCCGAAAUUAUUUGACCUGGACAUGUUUGCGAACCCACCGGAAGAUCCAUGCUUAAACGAUACACGCGCCAUCAAAUGCGUGCCGGAUUUCCAGAACGUGGCCUUCGGUCGGGAGGUUGAGGCGUCAAGCACGUGUGGCGCUCAUCCGACGCGCCACUGCCGACCACGCCAGAAUCCGAACGAGCUCCAAAAUUGCUUCAUUUGUGACUCCAGGCGGCAGUACCCUACCGUCCAUCUGACUGACCUAAAUAACCAGAACAACGAAACCUGCUGGGUGUCAAACGUCGCCAAGGAGGCCGACAGCAACGUCACGUUGACGCUGUCACUGGGCAAGAAGUUCGAGGUGACUUACGUCAGUUUGCAGUUUUGCUCGCGGAUCGCGGAUUCCAUGGUUAUAUUUAAAAGUAAGGAUUAUGGCAAAUCUUGGAUACCAUUUCAGUAUUAUAGCGGUGAUUGUCAAAAACUGUACGGAAAGGACCCUACUGCAGUCAUAACAAAAGCCAACGAACAAGAGGCUAUGUGUUCACAAAACCACAGCAAAGGUGGUACCAGAAUCGCCUUCAGUACGCUGACCGAUAGACCAUCGUCCUAUCAUUUCGAGGAGAGCCCUGUUCUACAAGAUUGGGUGACCGCUACGGAUAUUAAGAUAGUUUUCAAUCGGAUUUCCUCGCCCAAACCGCCGCCAUCGACCCAAGUGGCGUUCAAAAUGGCCGACGCUACAUCCGGUAUGAGCAUCGAAGACGAGAUGUUUUACGGCGUCUCCGAUUUGUCCGUCGGUGGUCGGUGUAAGUGCAACGGGCACGCGUCGAGAUGCAUACCCGACUCCGAAGGCCGACUGGUGUGCGAAUGUCGGCAUAAUACGGAAGGUCGGGAUUGUGAAAAAUGCAAACCGUUCCAUUUAGAUCGGCCCUGGGCACGUGCGACCGAUAAAGACGCUCACGAGUGUGUGGCUUGCAACUGUAACCUGCACGCGAAGCACUGCCGCUUCAACAUGGAGCUGUACGAGCUGUCGGGCUACACGAGCGGCGGCGUGUGCCGGAAGUGUCGUCAUCAGACUGAGGGCCGCUUCUGUCAGCACUGCAAGGAGGGGUUCUACAGGGACCCGAAGAAGGAUAUCACACAUCGGAAGGCUUGCAAAGCGUGCGACUGUCACCCAGUCGGAGCCCUAGGGCGGACGUGUAACGCUUCGACGGGGCAAUGCCAGUGCAAGGACGGAGUAAUAGGACUGACCUGCAACCGAUGUGCACCCGGCUACCAACAGAGCAAGUCGCCUAUAGCGCCGUGCAUAAAGCCGUCGAAAGUCACCCGCCCCCCGCCCGUCUAUAAUCCUGGAAGUCCAGAAGCAAAAUGUGGGAAUAAAUGCAACAAGAAGAAGCGGCUAGAGUUUAAAAAAUUUUGCAAGGGGCAAUUUGCAAUCCAUGCCGAGGUGGUGGCCAAGCAGGAUGUCGGCGAGUUCGUUAAGUUCACUAUUAACGUGCUGAAGCUCUACAAGCAAGCGCCGGACAAGAAUCUAAACCGUCGCGGAGAGACCGUACUUUGGGUACCGAAGGUCGACCUGCAAUGCAAUUGUCCGCGAAUACAGCUGAAGGAAAAAUACAUGAUCGUUGGGAACAUUCGUCCCAAUGAGACCAGGCCGGGCUUUGUAGCAGACAGACGAACGAUUGUGAAGAAAUGGCGUAAUAAGUGGCAGAACAAGCUGCGAGAUUUCCAGAAAAAUGAGGCUAGGGGAAAUUGCCGGCAAGUUGGGUACGAUGAUGACUGAGUAUGAAUCGGCGUUGGACUACUUUUUGCGCGUAGUACUUAGUGUUUAGAUACUUUAACAAAUAAUUUUCAAAUACCUCAUUUUCCGUGAUAAUGUACGUAGACCAUUAUAUGAGGAGAUUCUUUUGUGUACAGCCAUGUCGCUUCCACGAAAUUUUACUUUUGACGUUGGCGCUUAAAUUGUAGUUGCUGGUCAAGGUGCGUGGUGCGACUAACGCUUGUUCAUGAUGCGACUUUGUAAUACUCAUCAGUCGCACGUGUAUAUGUGAUGUUUUAUCCAGGAUACACAAACUACAAUGUGUCGAUUAUCGCAAAACAAACAGUGAACUUGAAAAGUUAACAUAUAACGAUGAGAAUCGUUUAGCGAGAGUGUAAAUUAAGACGUAAUGCGAAUGUCACGUGGACGCCGAGAAAGAGUGCGCGGUGAUUUCGGAAAGUUCAUUCAGCUCGUGGGGAAAAGUGAUGCGGGAAUUGUUUUCAUGUAUGAAAGGGACAUAUUGAAACCGUGUGUGAAGAACACUUUGAGUCUGCAAAUCAAGCACAUAAUUUUUCCUGAUAAAUUGAGCGAUUGUUAUGACGCUUGUUCUGACGUCAUUGAUACAAGUGAUUGAUUUUGGUUCAAGGACGUCACUAAGAAUACUUUUAGUAGAUAUUAUACAUCAGUUAAUAUUAUUAGCAUUAUCGCAAUGGUAAAAUAUUGCACAUACAUUAUGGGAUACGAAUUAAGGAUGCUUUCAGUCGUUAAUUCAAGAUUCAAUAUGAAACUAGCUCCCGAAUAUUAACUAGGCACUUACCUUUACGCAUGAAUAUAUUUAAGAAUGAAAAUAAGUUUCCGUACUAGAAGCGAUUUUUAGCAAGUGAGGCGUACCUUACUAGUUCAACGUUAUGGUCUCAUUAAUUUAUUAUAAAUCGUACACGAACAAAACAAAAAGCAAAAAUAGGUAACAGUUCAUGCAUACAAUUCAUGCUUAUUGAGUACACGAGUGCCACGUCAAUCUUUUCGAGCUAUCAUUAUAAAUCAAUGAAAAAUCCAUGCUAAUAUUACGUUCUUCCGGUUAAUGUAGAGUUAUUCAUAUUACAUCCAUUCGAUUCUUUGGUAUAUUUGGCCAGUAAUAAACCCGAACAGUUGUUAUUUUCUAUGUACGAAUAUUUUGCAUGCUUAUUGACAUCCAAUGAAUGUAUUAUACACAAUAAUAGAAGAAUACGUAUAUCAUGUGUAUCACGUAUGUCUGGCAAUAUUAAGCCGACCUGUUUGUAUACAAAACAGUUUAAACAUGACAGUUUUCAUGUAAUUCUAUGUUAAUACAUGCUAAAUUAUACUUAUUUAAGAGUCAUAUUUUCGAUUCAUUCACGUUUAUAUUGUUGUAAAUCCAUUUGAAUUGUUUAAUGCUAACAUAAUUUUCAAAGUUACCAAGUUCAUUAAAUAGACAUUAACGUUCGUUAUUUAAUUGCAUUAUGUAAAUCGAAGGCAGACUUUUUGAAUCUUGAAAAUCUAAUUAACACAUAUUAGUAUAUAUUUCACUGACUUAAUAACUACUCAAUUUUGCCCGAUUGUGGUUGUUUCAGAUUCAGUUUAUUUGCCAAAUAUUAGAGCAUAUCAAUUAAAUAAAGAUCAUGUAAUCUUCUUUAUUGCCAUGAAUGUAUCGUGAUGUUUUAAUAUGUUGGAAAUGCACAUAUUUUAUGUUAUAAUCAUAUAACAAUCAAAUGAACGAUUCUUGCUGAUAAAUGCAUUACAUAGUUUUUUUUAUAUUUUAAAAUUCAUUUAAAUGUCAGUAAUUUUUGCAAGUCAAUACCUAGAAAUAGAUGGUUCCGUUUAAUGCUCCGAUUGUAUCUAGAAUUUAACAAAAAGCAACAUAUGAUUCACUUUUCCCUUUCACAUCUUAAGACUUAAGUUCUCUGCGUCUUGUUAUUUCAUUGCCUCAUAAACUUAUUAUCACUUCAAGACUGUAUUGGUUCAUUCAACAUGCUUUAUUCCCUUUUGUCAUGUCAUGCCCGUCAUGUGUAUAAAGAUUCACGUUGAUUUGUCUGUCGUUAUUAAAUUUAGAAAACAAAA